UUAAUAUGGGACGUUUUUACCAAAGUCGAAAAUGUAGAUAUGUUUUGAUUUUAAUUUUGAUUUGUUAUUGAACAUUUUAAAGGUAUUAAAUCGAAGGGUCAUAGCUAUAACAUCAAGUUAAACAAGAAUUCUGGGAAUGGCCGUGGCGAAGACCCGAAGUAAAAUUCAAGCAUUGGUUGAAACCUUACUAAAAGAUGGAUACGAAGCUCUUGUUCUGGCAACCAAUGUGGAGGAAAUCACUUUCCUAUACGAGGGCAGCCAUCGGGGACGGGAAUUUUUCAAGGAAACACCUCAGCUGCUCAAGUUUACUGACUUCUGCAAAGGUUUUGAUGAGAGUUUGGAGAAAACAGGAGCAAAUGUUUGUGAAGAUGAUACUUCACAGCACGUCGAUCCGUUCAAACAGAUUAGUGAAGAUACAAUAAAGCAAGAGGUUUUAAGUAGUCUGAUUGCAGAUGAUGUAGAUAUCGAAGAACAGUUGUCUGAAGACACAUGGAGUGAAAACUACGCUAAUGAUAAACCAGACUUCAUUGAAGUCAAGGUUGAACCUGAAGCUGUGCUUUAUUUUGAUAAUAAUACAAGUGACGUAGACUUUGAGAACUUUAUCAAUGGAGAUUAUUCUUCAGUUGAAGCUGUUAAUUGUAAAGUUGUGCCUGAAGAUAAGCUUAAUGCCAGAAACGCUGAAUUCAGUUCCAAAGUUGUAGAUAAGAAUACAAAUGAUUGUGAGAAUAGUUUAACAGAAGAACCUUCUCCGACCAGAGUUUUUGCUUCUUCAUCAAAUGAUUUACACAGUCUGAGUUCAAAGACAUCCUGUUUAAGAGAAAGAAAGGACAGCAGACAUCAUGAACGAAUAGCAAGCCUCAAUGGAGGAAAUCGUAAAGGUAUAAAGCGUAAAAUAGAUACGAAAACUAUUGAAGUGAAAUUCAAUGCCAUAAUGGAAGUAGAGAGAGGCGUUAAGACCAGAGCCCAAAUUGCUCGUGAACUGAACAUCAACAGUAGUACUGUGUCUACUUGGCUGAAGAACGCCGUGGCAAUAAAGCAAGGUUUUAGAAAUUUCAAUCCAAAACGGAAACUUAUGAGGACUGGGAAAUGGGGUAAGCUUGAAGCAGAGUUGAUUAAAUGGCUCGCUAAUGCACAUGACCAAACUGUUAAUAGUAAUGUGCUAAAAAUGAAAGCUGUUCAAUUGGCGGGUGAGAUGGGCAUACAUGAUUUUGCUGCAUCUCCGGGAUGGUUAGACAGGUUUAAUGACCGCGUUACCAUUCGUUUGAAUAAAAACGGAGCGAAUUUUAAAGAAGAUGGUACUUCACAGCAUGUUCAAGAAGAUGCAAGAAAGAUCAAUCAGAAUAGAGAAGAAAAAAUAAAGCAAAAUGUUACAAGUAAUCUGGUUGUGAAUGUUGUAGAGGGCGAAGAACAGGUGCCUAAAGACACAUUCCUGGAAAACACAGUGAAGGGUAAUAUGGACGUGCAUGAAGUGAAAAUUGAGCCAGAGGCAGUGAUAUUUAUGGAUGAUAAUACAAGUGACAUGGACUUUGAGAACUUUAUUAAUGGUGACUAUUCUUCUGUUGAAGCUGUAAAUUGCAAAGUUUUGCCUGAAAAUAAGCUUAAUACGAGAAACACUGAAUCCAUAGUUAUGGACAGUUCAACAGAAGAACCUUCUCCGGUCAGAUGUUUAGUUUCUUCUUCAAAAGAUUUAAACUGUAUGAAUUCAAAGAAAGACUGUUUAAGCAGGAAGUGUAACAUACACUAUGACCGAGAGGCAAACCUUAGUUCGGAUCGUAGGUCUUCAGAACUGCGUUCUUUCUUGACCAAUAGCGGAGGUAAAAGUGAAGUUACAAAGCGCAGAUUUAAUACGAAGACUAUUGAAGUAAAAUUCAACGCACUACUGGAAGUAGAGAGAGGCGUUAAGACCAAAGCCCAAAUAGCUCGUGAACUGAACAUCAACAGCAGUACUUUGUCUACCUGGCUGAAGAACACGACGGCUAUAAAGGAAGGUUUUAGAAACUUCAGUCCAAAACGGAAAACUAUGAAAUCCGGGAAAUGGGAUGAGCUUGAAGCAGAGUUGAUUAAAUGGCUCGCUAAUACACAUGACCAAACUGUUAAUGGCAACGUGCUAAAAAUGAAAGCUGUUCAAUUGGCGGAUGAGAUGGGAAUACAUGAUUUUGCUGCAUCUCCGGGAUGGUUGGACAGGUUUAAAGACCGCAAUAGCAUUCGAUUUAGACUGGAACGCCGGGACGCCGAAAGAGUUGCAAAGAAGAAAAAAACAGAUGAUGUCUGAACAUUGUUUUACAAAGGCCCCUUUAUUUCUGUUGAUAAAUGUGUAUCAAAGUCCUUCAACCAUGAUGCAACGAAGGAUCAUUACAUUACUUUUUACUAUUACUGUUGAAGCUGUAAUAAUAGUAAGAAAGAGCAACAGAAGACCGUCUUACCUAAAUGGUUAAAUAACCAAAGAAAUUGCCAAUGUCAGUCAUUGAAAUUAGACUUUCGGAUAAACAAGCCCGAAUUCUUAUAAUAUUGCAUGGACUCAUAUUUUUUAACAAGCCCUGCUAUAUAAACUUCAGAAUUUGAGCAAGCCCGGAAGACAUUUUACCAGUGCAGGGCUUGCAGGCUUGUGCUAAUUUCGACCACUGCAAUGUUAUAAGAAGGUUUUAGAAACCAAGAUUUGUUUUUAUUUCUAAUGACUUUUAAUGCGCACAGAACUGAAAAGUCGUCAAUUCAUAUCUACUGUUGCUAUAGUUUAACUUAUUUUGAACGUCUGCCAUUGAUCAUACAUCUUGUAUAAUAUUUGUUUUGUUAAUGCCAGAUUGAAGAUUGGUUCAAAUAGUGAUCUUAAUGUGCUCUGUGUUUAACUCAUUCCUGAAAUCCAAGGCCAUAAAUGUUAUUUUUAUAUUCGUGUACUUGUGAAUCUUAACCACGCCUUACGGGAAGAUUAUGAUCACAUUGCUAAGGGCGAAUGUGAUGGUCUUGCGUCAUUGCAUGUCUCUUUGUUAGGUAUCUACAUGGGAUAUUCAGUAUAUUUCUUUGACCUUAAUAUCUAUAUUGGGGAACUUUCAUGUAUUUUCUAGUUUUUUAGUAUGCGUGAAAUAUACUUUUAUAUGAA